AUGGAACCAGGCAACGAAACACGACUUUCAACAUUUCUUCUCCUGGGAUUCUCAGAGGAGCCAGAGCUGCAGCCCCUCAUAUUUGGGCUUUUCCUCUCCAUGUACCUGGUCACCGUGGCUGGGAACCUGCUCAUCAUCCUGGCCAUCCUCUCAGAUGCUCACCUCCACACACCCAUGUACUUCUUCCUCUCCAACCUGUCCUUGAUGGACAUCUGCUUCACCUCCACCACUGUCCCCAAGAUGCUGGUGAACAUCCAGACGCAGAGCAAAGCCAUCAGCUAUGCAGGCUGCAUCACCCAGAUGUACUUCUACUUGCUUUUUGGAGGUUUAGACAACUUCCUCCUGGCUGUGAUGGCCUAUGACAGGUUUGUGGCCAUCUGUCACCCCCUGCACUACAUGGUCAUCAUGAACAUCUGGCUCUGUGUGCAGCUGGUCCUGGUGUGCUGGGUCAUCAGUGUCCUGCAUGCCUUGUUACACAGCCUCCUGGUGCUACAGCUGUCCUGCACACACCUAGAAGUCCCCCAGUUUUUCUGUGAGCUGAAUCAGAUGAUCCACAGUGCCUGCUCUGACACCUUUCUGAAUGAUGUGGUCAUCUAUAUUACAGUCGUGCUCCUGGGAGGAGGCCCCAUGGCUGGGAUCCUUUACUCCUACUCUAAGAUCGUCUCCUCCAUCCGUGCAAUCUCCUCAGCUCAGGGGAAGUAUAAAGCAUUUUCCACCUGUGCCUCUCACCUCUCCGUCGUCUCCUUAUUUUAUUGCACAGGGCUAGGUGUGUACAUUACUUCUCCCAUUACCCAAGACUCACACUCAACUGCAACAGCCUCGGUGAUGUACACUGUGGUCACCCCCAUGCUGAACCCCUUCAUCUACAGUCUGAGGAAUAAAGAGAUAAAGAGGGCUCUGAAAAGAUUUCUAGGCAGGAAAGCAUGA